CACGCACGCAGGCAGAGCCACAGCCACAGCUGGACGCGAGUGUGUCAGUGAGUCAUUCAGUGAGUGUGUGGAAAAUGGCCGACGCGUUCGGACUACAGGCGGAAGAAGACCCCGCGGCUGCCUUCCUGGCGCAGCAGCAGCAUGAGAUCGCCGGCAUCGAGAACGACGAGGACAACUUCGGCUUCGAGUUCACGGCUCACGACCAGCCUGAAGCCGGAGCGGCAGAUUCCCAACCGUCACAUUUCAGUUCGCACUCUUUCGAAGAUGAGUUCAGAGGUGCAACUAUGAAUGGAGAACUGUUUCAGGACUCUAACGAUGUAACGGACGGUUACGCAGCCAUCUCCCAGGUCGACGUGCAGCGGCAGGAGCCUGAAAGUUUACGCAAGUGGAGAGAGGAACAGAAGGGACGCCUGGAAGAGUUGGAUUCAGCCUCCAAGGCAGCAGAAAUUGAGUGGAAAGAGAAGGCGAAGAAGGAGCUGGAGGACUGGCACGCUCACCAGCGGGAGCAAAUGGAGAAGAAUAAAGUAAACAACAGAGCAUCCGAGGAUGCCUUCCUGAAGGAGUGCGACGACAACAGCCCAGGCACCGAGUGGGAAAAAGUGGCACGGCUCUGCGACUUCAACCCCAAGACGAGCCGCCAGACGAAGGACGUGUCCCGGAUGCGCUCGGUCCUCAUUUCCCUGAAACAGACACCGCUGUCUCGCUAAGGCCUCGUCACACACUCCGUCUCGUGUCUCGCCUUCUGUCCAGCUCCAUCUCAGUGUCCUUUUCGCACUUUGUUUUAGCACAAACAAGAUGUUUGGGUUUUCUGUCUUUUAAGGUGUAUGGUGACUUGAAACUUUCCUCUGUUACACAUAAUCUGUACCCAAUUUUUUUUUUUUGCUUCAAGAAAAUCCUGUGUCGGCUCGUGUAGGUCGGACUGCAGGACCUUCAGACCAUCUCAGAGUAACUAAAAUUAAAAACACAGCUCAGACAGACAGCAUGACCUUUUGGAAGGAAGCUAACUGAUUAAACAGCAAGAUCAGUACAGCCACAUCAGCAGUCCGACGUUCAGUGGUUUUUUUUUUUGUUUUUUUUGUUUUUUUUUAAAGAAACAAAAAUCUAAAUUUUCUGCAGUUUCAAUUUGAUUUGCGAUAUAAUAAUAUAUUAACACUACAGUUAUUAACGCUUCCAAUUCGGUCCUCUGAGACACUCAGAUGUUCCUGCUGUUUUAUUCACCAUUUGUGACGUCUGAAAACGUAGUGAUCCGUAUUAAAAUUAAUCCCUGCAGCGUAUCCAUGAUGCUCUGUGACCUUUGGUUUGAUUCACACGCGCGCGCACGUUCACUGAUAGAGAGCCAGCGAGUUAAUAAAAAAAACAAAAAAAAAAACGUAAGAACCGUUUUCACAUUUACAGAUUAGUGAUCAGGGAUUUUUAUUAAGCGAGUCAGUUCAUUUGACUCUUUGAUUCAAGAUUAGACUCAGAAUUGACGUGGAAGUUUGUGAGUUUUUUUUUUUUCUUCUUAAUCUGAAACAUUUACAUACAUUUUUAAAUUAGGAAAAAAGUCAUAAAUUUGCAUCCAAGAAAGAUUCGGUUUAAUUCGUACUGAAUCACCUUCCCUAGUACGCCGAGUACAUAGACGGUGAAGAGAGGUUUCCAUGGAAACAUUCAGACGCAUGCUUUUGAUUGCGUACGCGUGCGAGUCGGCCAGCGUUCACCAGAAACAGACGAGUCGACUCGCUGACUCACUAUUACAGACGCGAGGAAAGGAUUUGUGUAGUUUCCACCGGUUUCUCUAAAGCAGUGUCCAGUCCAGUCACUAAAGACCUAAUUUGGGAAGCUAUGCUGUAAUUGGUCUAAACAGCAGAAAGACAUAAUCGGAAGAGUAUUUUGAAUAAAUUCUUGUGGAUGAAGAGACGAAACCUCAUAUAUUAUUGUAACUUUCAGAGAAGAGCAACAAACGAGAACAGCUUCAUUUUCUGUACUGUGUUCAUACGGUUACUGAUUAUCGCCUAUUGCAUGUUUUGCUUUUGUUUUAUACUCAAUUUCAUGAAGGUUGGCAAUAAUUCUGUAUUUUCAUUCAUCUUUGUUUUCCAUCAAACCUGCUGCGUCGUAAGUUCCAUCCCAUUCCGCCCCUAAAUAAUUCCCAAAAACUAAAAAGAUAUUUACUGUUUAAAUUCUAGUAGGUUAUUUGUUUAGUGGAUAAUUUAGCGCUGGACUUGUUCGUACCAUUAAGCCUCACAUGUAUUGAGUAAAACAAAUAUCAGAUUUAAAGUGUAGCAACUCCUCCCAGUUCAGAUAGAAAUCAAUCAGUCGAGCAUGCGGUAAAGUGUUACGAAUAUUUAUAUUCACCAUCUUUUACGUUCACUUUGAAGUCUUUCAGCUUUGAGGCCUUUUUGUCCAAUACAGAUUUAAAAAGAAAAUAAAACUGUUACUUGCCUUUCUGCAGACCAGCUCUGUUGUGUGCUGCACCACAGAUUGCGGUUUUUACUGGCUGCCAAAGACUGUAUGUUCAUGCCUGACUACGCUCUAAAUAAAAAUAUAUCUGGACAGUUUUCCA